AUGAUAAACUUAAACACAACUGAAAUAAGAGAAAAUUCAGUAUCAAUUCGGGAACCUGAAGCCAAAACUACAAAAACCUUCAAGUAUAAAGUUAAAAAAACUAACUUGGUUCAGAAUAAUAGAAAUUUCACAACAAAAAAGAUAAGUGCCACCAACAAGAUAAAUGAAGAUGAUAAAGUAGCAAAAGUAAAGAAAAAAGCACCAAUACAA